CUCUCUUUUUCUCUAUUUUUGGUCUAUAUUUUCUUUUAGCUACCAUGGAUAGAAAAUUUGUAUUUCUAGUAUCAAUUUUGUGCAUUGUAGUGGCAAGUGUCACGGGUCAGACACCUGCCGCAGCACCCGUUGGUGCUAAGGCUGGUACUACUCCACCAGCUGCUGCACCAACUAAGCCGAAAACUCCUGCUCCCGCAACAGCACCAGCCUCGGCCCCACCUACAGCUGUUCCUGUUGCUCCAGUAACCGCUCCAGUUACUGCUCCCACUACACCUGUUGUUGCUGCACCCGUAUCAGCACCAGCAAGUUCUCCACCACUUAAAGCACCAGCAAGUUCUCCACCAGUACAAUCUCCACCAGCUCCAGCUCCAGAGGUAGCUACACCGCCAGCUGUUUCUACUCCACCGGCUGCAGCUCCAGUUGCUGCACCUGUUGCUUCGGAGACAACUCCAGCUCCGGCUCCUAGCAAAGGAAAAGUAAAGGGAAAGAAGGGAAAGAAACACAAUGCAUCACCAGCACCUUCUCCCGAUAUGAUGAGCCCACCUGCACCUCCUUCCGAAGCUCCUGGACCUAGCAUGGACUCCGAUUCAGCUCCCAGCCCAUCUCUUAACGAUGAGAGUGGAGCAGAGAAAUUGAAGAUGCUGGGAAGUUUGGUAGCUGGAUGGGCUGUGAUGAGCUGGCUCUUGUUCUAAAGAGUUCAAAACAUAUUUUGAUAUUUGACAUGUAUAAUUUAUCUUUUGGUUAUUUAUGGUGAAGGGGUCCUCAUUUGGAUCUGCUUAGAGAUUUGGCCACAUUGCCUCCUUUUUUUUAUAUUCUUUCGUGGAGUGUAAGGGUAGAGAUUUGUACUAGUCUUCACUACUUUACUCCUUUUUGGACUCGCACUUUCCUCUAUUAUAUAGAUUUCAUUUGUUUAUUUGUCCA